AUGCAGCAGCCUUCUCCUGUUCAGGUAUCGCUUUCCCUGGCAACGCCGAGACCAGUUCAGCCCUCAACAACAGCUUUGCGAGCACCUUCAGAGCUACACCCGCCUGCCUUUCGUGAGCCGAUCGCCGGCUUGGUCACCAGCAAGGAUAAUCAUCAGGCGUGCGAUGAACGCAACAAGGUACUCUUCGACCAGCUUUGUGCAUCGCAUGGUGCCUACAGCGAGGUGCUGCAACAGCUUUCAGGGAGUCGCGAGGGCACAGUGAUCAAGUCUCGGCUUCUCAGCAAGGUGAGUGACACCACGGCGGCCCGCUACCUUCGCUCAGUCCAGCUUUUCUUUUGUGCCUUUGAGGAGCUGGGUGGCAACAUGGAGUCCAUCGACCAAGGUCUCUUCCUUGAUGCUUUCUUCGCUUUAUCUCGAGGCUCCGAAACAGGCCCCCUUUCCAACAGCAUCAAUGUGCUCAAGGCGCUGCGCUGGUACAAGAAGCUUCUUUCACUUGCAUGCCUCCCAGACCUGUACGGCACAGCUUUCAGUCUCCUCUCCAAUCCGUCUGGCCAGGAGAAACGAGAGAGCAUACCACUGCCGCUUUCUUUUGUGGCCUUCCUUGAGCGCACCCUGCUUUCAGGCACAGCCAGCUUGAUGGACACCAUCUGGGCGGGGUCGUUCUUGGUGGCAAUCGGUGCGAGCCUCCGCUUCGCGGACGCCCAGCACGUCCGCUGGAGCUCACUUUGUGUGAGCCAUUUCACUUUACGGGGAAUAUGCUACAGAACUAAGACCACCAAAGGCGGAUGCCCCUUUGGUCUUCUCAGCUUCGGCCCCUUUUCGUCCUCUGAGGAAUGGGGGCUGACUUGGCUCCCCCGCUGGUUGGGAGCAUUGGACAAGGUUUGGUCCGACCUCCGCUCCCGCUUUGGGGCCCAGCCGGAACCAGAUUGCAUGUUUUUCCUCUUAAGUGAUGCAGGCUUUGCUCCGGCCACUUAUUCACAGGCCCUUCAGAAGUUGCGCCACUGGCUGACGCUUUCAGGGAUAGAGCAGCAUCAAGCUUCUCAAUAUACGCUUCACAGUUUGAAGACGACCUUCCUUUCGUGGAUGUCUCAGCUUUCUAUCCCACUGGCGUCCCGCUUUCUCCAGGGACAUCAUAAAACCCCUGGCUCUGCCCAGCUUUACUCACGGGACGACGUAUGGCCAGCCCUGAGAGCGCAGCUUCUUUUGUGGCGGUCGAUCCACUCCGGCUUCCGUCCUGCCAGGCCGCAACACCGAGGUGGACAAUCACCGCUUGCCGAGCCCCCCUUCGAGACGGCGGGGUUCCAAUGGGACGCCUUCAUCCCGGCACUUACAUGUUUCUCGCUUGGCAGUGAUUUCCAAUCAUUCCUCGCCCUGGAACAACAGGACGGCGAACUUCGCGAAGCCCGAGAGUCAUGCUCAACGAUUACACGGUCAGGCCCCAAACUUCCCUCUUGUGUUCGCGCCCGGGCGCAGGUCGACCACUUCGAGGACUCAGAUGCCGAUGAUGCAGGCCCGGCUCGCCCUUCAGCGAUGGUCGCAUCCACUUUGGAGGUCGACCUCACAUGGCAAGAUGCAAAGAGCGAGGGGCUUAGUGUGUCACAUGAGGAGCAGCCGCUUGAAGCUCCAUCUUUUCAAACUUCCCGCACAAACUGCAGGGAGGUGCGGUAUCUGCUAGGAGCAUCCGGGGUGGCACACCUCAGCAUUUCCCACCCCGGCUCCCGCAUGACCUGCUUGGCGUGCAAGGAUGCCCAAUGCCAGGUUCGAUGUCACCCCGCUUGUGGAUGCAUCUCAGAAUUUUCCGCUUUUGUGCAUUUUCCGCCUGAAUCUCGCUUAUGUAAGAGACCCGCUUCUUCCUUUCUUCCUUCCACAACGCCGGCACCCGCUUUGGCAGCAGCACCUUCGGAGCAGCCUGCUUCGAGCACCGUGAUCGACCCCAUCGGGGACUCUAUCGCUGCCGAAGAUUACGGGAUACCGGCCGCUUUUACGUCUUCUGCACCCACUUUGGAGGCACCAGCGGAGCCUAAAGCAGCCACCGGUGGCGAGAGUGCCCCCACGGGAGCCACUUCAGCUGCUCAGGGAGAAGAGGCCAACGCCGAGGCCACAGGUGACGGGGUCACGAACGCCAAACGCUGGCAACGUGAACCCGAGGUCAAGGAACCGCCGCCGCGACCUCCUUCGUCGCCCGCUUUGGCGUCGACCACCCCAAAGGCCGGGGUACCGCUGCUGAAGUCGAAGAGCAUGGCUACGCCCGCUCCACCCGCUUCGGUGGCCACUACACCCCCCGGCGGCUACGCCCAGCGCCCCUCCCGCUUCCAAGGCCCCGCCACCGAGGCCACUUCGCAGUGGAACCACGGCCAAGAUGAGUGGGGCCAGAGCCAGACCGCUUGGGAGGACUCGCCCGCUUGGAGCUCCUGGAACUGGUCUGGUCUCUUCGACAUGUCCGACUUCUCGCAGUUCGUGUCGGACUGCAACGAAUUGAUCACCCACUUCAUGACCGAAGCCGCGGUGACAGAAGCAGCGGCGGAGGGCAUGGCAUCCCUAGAAGCCACGCCCAGUUCUGCUCUCCCGCUUGGAGAAGAGGCUUGGCCGGCAAAACUCAGCGGCGAACGCACUGCAGCGCUUAGGAAAAGGUUCGAGGAGGAUUACCCCACUGAACUCCUCGAUGCCGAGAGCUUUCCGAGCGCACGCUUGUUGGCCCUUACCAAUAAGAUGCUUUCAGAAAAGGAAGUGCGAUGGAUUCCCUGGAAGUACCGCUUAAGUGCAAGGGCGCAAGAAGACAGCUUGCUUAUCAGGCCCAAGAAACAGGCCCGCUUUGACAUCGCGGAGUUCUUCUUCGACGAGGCUCCAACCCGGGAUAUACAUGAAGGCCCCGCCUCCUUCAGCUUCGUGACACAGCUUCUCUCACUUGCUGCGAAUGCGAUCGCUUUAUGCCAGGGGGCACACCUAGGCUCCCUGAAACUCUACAACAAAAAGUUCACCCGCAUUUGCUUCACCAAAUACGAGGCCUCCGCCAACCUACGGGGCCCCACUACGAUGGAAGCCCAGGCAGCUGAUCGCCGAUGUUGGGAAAUCAUCGCCGACUUAGUCAAUGUGCAUCAUUGGAAGCUAGAUGAUGCGCUUCACGAAGUGGCGGAGGUGCGCUCUGAUUUGCACAGCUUACUUGCGCCCAGGCCAUUCGUACCCAAACCCAAGCACGACCCGGACAACAGCUGGAAGGCCGGCGCCAAAGGCAACGGUCGUGGAGGCAAAGGCGGGGGCCGUGGCGGCAAAGGCCGCGAUGGCAAAGGCGAGAAGGGAGAUCGCUUCGAGCGAGGCGGCAAAGGUGGCAAAGGCAAGGACAACAAGCAGGCGACGCCUCCCGGAAAAUGGCUUUCAACCAUCUUCAUGGAUGGCAAGCGCCAGACUCUUUGCAUGCGCUACCAGAGCGGUCAGUGCAAGGACCCAGCCACGUGCCGCUAUGUGCACAGAUGCGCAGUGCCCAAGAGUGACGGCGAAACCCACUUCAGCGACCAGCGGGACAUCGCUGAGGAGGUCACAGUUGUCCCGCUUUCAGUGCCUGCUCAACCUUCAGGUUCAGCAGGGGCAACCUCGGCACUGCCCAAGGCUGGUGCCCCAGUAUCCAUUGCAUCUUUGGCAAUCAGUGAAGGCUCCCUCGACUUCGCUACCUGCUUGGAGCUUUUAGCGCAGUACUUUUCCAUUCCCUUCAUUGAUGCCGCAGGCCCCACUGACAAUGCCAUUGACGCUUCCGGAGCAUAUUUCAACCUGGGAGCUUUCUCCUUUGACAACGGCACUAGGUCGGGGAUAUUUCAGCGCACUGAACAAUUUUCCGAUGUACUUCGUUUCUUGAACGCUUUCAUGCAGCUUCAGUUCCCGGGUGCCUCUUGGAGCUCCUUGUGCGUGAGUCACAACGUUCGUACUCGCUUACACACGGAUGCUGGCAACGCUUCAGGAACACUCAAUCACACAGUUUCACUCGGCAAUUUCAGCGGAGGGGAGAUCUGGAUUAGCCCAGCUUUGGACCCUUCUGCUGCCAACAUCCCGGCCCCAUUGGAGGCCUCAUCCGAGGCCCACAGAGCGGAAGAUGCAAGCAAAGGUGAAUUGCGCGACACCUGGCAUUCACCGCUUUCCUUUAGCUGUGAAUCCCUCCAUUGUACGAUGCCAAUCCAAGGAGACAGGUGGGUAUUGACUGCCUACACUUGCAGGAACCUGCACAGCUUCGACAUGAAGUCGCUUGCACAUUUAAGGUCACUGGGGUUCCCAUUGCCUCCAGUACCUACAACACUUCCUCAGGCUGUACCCUCUGCACCGAAGGACAACACGCACGUCGAGAUCUUCUUAGAUAUCUGCUGUGGUGCCUCUCACCCACUUACCACGGCGAUCUCAUCAUGUGGCAUCAUAUGUUUGCCCAUUGAUCUGCUUGGUGAGGAGCAGCUGGACCUCUUGCACGACGACACGUACGAUCACCUCCUUCGGUUAUGCUUCUCAGGCAUUGUACGUUUUGCUCAUGGCUCUCCGCCAUGCAAAGAGUACUCCCGCUUGAAGCUACGCCCCGGGGGACCUGCUGCUAUCCGAUCCCCGGAACAUCUCAACGGGUUGCCGGGCAAUACAGCUUCACAGCAGGAACGCGUGGUAAGCAGCCAGAAGCUUCUGUAUCGCUGUGUAUGCCUGCUUCGGGCCGCUUUCAACUCAGGUGCACAUGUAUCUCUGGAACAGCCCACGAACGCGAUGUCUUGGCUUGAACCAUUCGUACAGGACAUGCUUGCUGAGAUACAGGCUUCACUGGUCAACAUCCCGGCAUGCUCAGUUGGCCAGGACAUAGCCAAAUCUUGGCUUUUAGCAUGCAGCUUCGAUGAUAUGCGAGCCUUGGCAGGUACAUGCUCUCAUUCGGAGGGUCAUCCUUCUGUGGCCGGCGUCAGGGACGAGCUUGGCAACUUUCUGUCACAGCGCACCGCAGAGUACCCAGCCCAGUUAGCAAACCGCUUUGCUCAGCAGGCGGCUAAACUUUUCUCGUCACGCCGGCCCUCCCACAGUGUUCCAACUUGUUCUUUGGCUUUCGCACUCUCUUCGAUCCCCAAGAAGCCCCGGGCAGCGACAACUACAGCAUCACAGGAUGGCGGUGGCAUCUACUCCUUGCCGGACUGGUCAAUGGGCCCCAGAUACCAGUCUGACAGCUUGCACGAUUUGCGCAAAGAAUGGCAGUCCUGGCUCCUCUCGCACAGGUGGAGGAAUGCCUUCGGCACCGACUUGUCAGCCGCAAACAGCUUGACAAACUUCUCGGUCUCCUCCAGUGGUAUUCAUACAUACUUGGACGACAAGCUCCGCUUCACUGGUAAACCGCCGGGCACCAGCAUUUCAGAAGGAUCCACUUUGUUGUCAGCUCGCCACAAAACAUUGCACAGCAAGGCUGAUCUCGCUUUGGUCCCGGUAAGCACCAAACGCAUGUGGCUUCGGGUUACGGACCCCACUUCAUCCAAGCGACGCCUCUCAGAAUCCAGCAGAGAAACACUUUCUUUCUUUGCCCACUUGAGCUCCAGGGACUGGCGUCCACGGCCGCUUAGACCACCACCCACGAGCUCAGUGGAAUCAGCAGCCGAUGCCUUCGGCAAAGGCAACGACUGCGGCGUCGGGGGAUGGCUCCUUCUCCCAUGUGGCCGCCUGCUUUGGUUUUCGCAUCGCUAUACCGUGCAGGACUUCCUGGAGCUCGGUCUGCCAAUGCAGCCUAACGCCAACUUGGACAUUUCCAGCUAUGAGACGUUGGCACAGUGCUACGUUCUUCUCGCUUUCUGGAAAGCCCAUGGUUCUGGCCGCUUGGCUUUGAAAUUACCAGCUUUGAGCGAUAAUAGUGGCGCUGAAUCGGUGUGUAACAAACUUUACACCUCCAAAGUACCACUUAAUCUUUUCGUUCGCAAGCUUUCGAUGUGGAGCUCCAUUACCGGUGUCACUUUGGACUGCAGCCACAGUGCUGGCGAAAAGAACGACGACGCAGACAUGCUUUCGCGGUGGGACGGCUGCGCAGAACUUCCGGCCAAGUUUCUGCCAUCAAACCGCAUUGAGCUUUACCUCUCUGAGUUCUGGCAGAUCCGCUUUCAAGUGACACUCUUUCCAGCUGAUACCUUUUUGAAGUGGCAGCUUCCAUCAGCCACCAGAUUGGGCCCGACAAACCGAGGCUCCAAUAAGCGCAAGUAG